UGCUCUCUCUGGUCCCUAAUCAAGGGCAGGAUGCUGUUUUGUGGGUCUCCCCCACUGAGGAAGAGAUGCGUCUUCUCGUGGGGGAGCUGUGGAGGCGGCUGCUCGCAUUUGUUUACAGCCAAGCAGCUGGAGAAGCUGUCCAAGAAGGCGGAGAAGGACUCCAAAACCGAACAGGCCAAAGUCAAAAAGGCUCUUCAGCAGAAGAACGUUGAGUGUGCCCGCGUCUACGCAGAGAAUGCCAUCCGGAAGAAGAACGAGGGGCUGAACUGGCUCCGCAUGGCCUCCCGUGUGGACGCCGUGGCCUCCAAGGUCCAGACGGCCGUGACCAUGAAGGGGGUGACUAAGAACAUGGCCCAGGUCACCAAGGCGCUGGACAAGGCGCUCAGCUCGAUGGACCUGCAGAAGGUCUCCGCUGUGAUGGACAAGUUCGAGCAGCAGGUGCAGAACCUGGACGUGCACACGUCGGUGAUGGAGGACUCCAUGAGCUCCGCCACGACGCUGACCACCCCCCAGGAGCAGGUGGACAGCCUCAUCGUGCAGAUCGCCGAGGAGAACGGCCUGGAGAUCAUGGACCAGCUGAGCCAGCUGCCCGAGGGGGCCUCGGCGGUGGGCGAGAGCUCGACGCGCUCCCAGGAGGACCAGCUCUCGCGGAGGCUGGCCGCCUUGCGGAAUUAGCUGCCGCUCGCCCCCACGAACUGUCGCUUCUGCCUUGUUCACCUAUGAUUUGUGGGGCUGCCGUGCGAGGCUCCUGCCCUCCUACCCCCCGGUUCUCCCCUCCACGGCCAGAAAGAGGGCUGGCCCUCCCGCUGCUCCCGGCCUCCCCACACGGUGCUGGCAGCCCUUCUCGGAAGGAGCCGUGGGAGGGCGGACGUCUGCAUGAGCCCCCAGGACAAGGAGCGGGAGGUGGGGGCCCUUUCCCUGGGACGGCCCCCCUUGCUCCGCCUCCACUUUCCAGGCUGCAUGUCCCAUCAUCCCCCGUGUCUGGAGCCUGCCGGAUGAGAAGGACGGGCGCACGGCAUUGGGUGAGAGCAAGCCUGUGGGCAUCCUUGGGUGGGCCCGGCGCCCCCGUGCCUUCUUCCCAUUUCUUGUUCCUUCUUGCCACGCUGGAUCCUGGGGGGGCCCCCGGAGGCCCGGCUUGUCGGGAGCGAGUCUGUGCAGCAGGUGGACGUGUCGCUUUCGUGGCAGCUGCUUUGGAUUUGCACACCGUCACGUGGCCUUGGAAGACAAGCCCCGGCACCUCCCACCCCCCACUCGCUCCCAGGACCACCCUGCGCCCCCUGCCCGGGCUGCCUUCUCUCGGCAGUGGCCCCUCCUCCCCGACGUUUUCCCGGCCGGCAGAGGCCUCCCCACGCACGGCCCC